GUAAAGCUGAAACCGCUGAUUGUGCUAUGCAAAGGUGAAGGGGAGGUAUCCCGAUGUCCACUGGACAGAAUUAUCUACCUCUAGUAUAUAUCUACCGACCAAUGACACCUUGGCGGAGCAUCUACCGUAAGAAUCGUCACCAAAUGCCCUGAUUUGCAACACUUCUCUCCGAGCGGUCCGUUCCACCGCGGCCAUAUGCAUGGUUCGCGCUACGAUCGGAUGGUAGACCCUGAAUCCCCGCACGAGGACGCUGUGUACUCGAUGACGAAAGCCGUCAACAUGCGCCAUAAAAAACGAUGUCUAUGCAGGAUUCCCGCUCGAACACUUGGUACAUGCUCCAGACCCUUCACUCGGGGAACAUCCUCCGCUACUUUCAUCUGCGCUUAUCUGCGCUCCAAGACUAAUCUGUUUGAACAAACCACACGCUCAAACAUCGUUGCGCAGUGAAUCACAAUGCCACCCAUAACCCUCUGGUUCCUCCAAGCCUCGCGCUCUAUCCGCAUCGCCUGGCUCCUCGAAGAGCUCGGCCUCGACUACGAAAUCCGCUUCGCAGACCGCAUGCCCAACAUGAAAGCCCCCAACGACUUCAAAGCCAGCAGCGGCAACCCCCUCGGCAAAUUCCCCUCGCUCAAAGACGGCGACAUCACCGUGUACGAGAGCGGCGCAAUAACAGAAAUAAAAGUCCUCCAAUGGCUCCACGCCGCCGAAGCCACCUUUCUGCUGCACGCCCUCGCCAUCACCUAUGUGCGGUGGAACAUCCCCAGCUCCGCAGCCGAGCAGGGCGUCCUCGAGCAAAUGGAGGCCGGGCUAGCGGUCAACGUGCAGAAGGACCUCGAUUGGCUGGAGACGGAGCUUUCAGGAGAAGGAGGUAAGUAUUUGUGCGGGGAGCGCGUCACGGCGGCGGAUACGAUGAUGGUGUUUAGCAUCGAUUUUAUUUUUGCGACAGAGCUAGGAGUUGGAGGGAGGGAGUGGCCGAACAUAAUGAGGUGGUUGAAGGCGUGCAAGGAGACGGAUAGCUACAAGCGGGCGGUGGAGAAAAGCGGGUAUUCAUUGACGGCUAAGAGGCCGGAGGUGUGA